AUGGCUGGUGAUGUGAGACCGCCUUCGGACAAAACGCUGUGGCUGCACCCAGUGCACCUGGAAUCUUCGCCCUGCCCGAUGCCCUUGCGUCUUGGCCAUAAUGCGCCUUCCGAUCAUUCACUUUUCCGUGGAGAGUUGCUGCGCCGGCUGUUGAACAGCGUCGUGAGUGGAAGCAAUGCCUCCGAACCAGCGAACUGCAGGGCUUCGCAGCCUCUUGACUGCCCGGUGAUGAUGGACAACACGCAACUGCAUGUCCACAAGGGCGACACUGAGGACCACUUGUUCUCGAUUCCAGUCCUGUUGGCAGACGUGGUGACUGCUCCAGUCCAGAACCUGACAAAUGCGCAGGGAGAUGCUGCCUCACACCUGAUCACGGUGGCGCCACGCCCGUUCGAAGUGUCGGACGAGUUCGAGUCAUCGUUCGCCCCGAGUGACGAAGCCUGGAUAAUUUGCUCCUCGGCUCCUGACACCCUCAUGGAGCUGUCGCUUCGGGGCGCUGUUCGAUGGGACUGGAAGGACAGCUUUUCGACAUGUCAAAAGUUGGGCACUGGAAGCUGUGGCAAGGUUUUGGCCGCCAAGCCCAGAGAAGAACUGCAGCUGCCAGAAAGGCUUCGCCGGCCCGACGGCUGCUGCGCAGUGAAAGUUUUAAAGAGCAAUGUCGACAGAACGGCGCUCAGGAGUGAAGUUCUGAGUCUGGCCAGUGCAGCGGGUCACCCAAACAUCUGCGGCUUUGUUGGGGUAUUCUGUGAACCAGCCGAGGAUGAAGAGCCAGAUGCCAGCGAAGGAUCGCUCUUGAAAGCAGAAGACACGAACGCCAAACCAGAAGAGUCAAAACCUGGCACCUGCCUGCGGUGGCGUAUCGUGCUGGAGCUUCUCUCAGCAGGAGACCUCUUCGACCACGUGUCGGAAAAUGGAUGCCUACCAGAGCCUGAAGUUGUCCAGAUGAUGCUAGGCCUUUUCUCGGCGCUCAACCACCUACAUUCUCUUCAGCUCGUCCAUCGGGACGUGAAGGCGGAGAAUGUACUCUUCGGGGUCAACAGGCGAGCCAUCCUCGCUGAUUUCGGGAUUUCCUGUGAGCUCGAUGACACGGCAGCCAUGCAAUCGCGCGUUGGCUCGCCUGGCUACGUUGCUCCGGAAGUAAUUAUGAACAAGCAGUACGAUGAAAAGGUCGACAUCUUUGGUGCUGGCGCCGUGAUGCAUUUUGCCAUCGACGGCCAGGUGGUGUUCCGGGGCACCUCUCUGACACAGGUGCUAAGGCGAACUGUGCGCUGCAAGAUCUCCUUCGCAGCCGAGAGUUUCGAAAAAAUCUCUGCGGGCAUUCUGAACCUGUUGCAGUCGCUUCUGGCAAAGCAUCCAGUGCAGCGGCCAACAGCUCGCGCUGCCUUCUCCACAGCAUGGGUCCUGGCCUCUCCCGAGGUCCGCAAUGGUGAGGCGAAGGCGUCGAUGACCGCUCUGUCAUGUAAGCCGGCUUUGCUCUCGACACCAACAGCCAUGGCCACGAAAGGCGGUGCGCUACUAGCUGCAUCGAGCUCCAUCAACCGGAGCACAUCCCAGACACGAUUAGGGAGGACGGCCCCUGGCAACUCCGAGAGCCAGCUGGGGGUGAGCUCCUUUCAGAAGUCCGACUCCUUCAGCGCCUCAAUGCAGGAUGAUGCCCCACCUUUGCCUCGGCCAGUGCCUCCUGCGGCUCGACUUCCGGAACAGGCGGCAGUAACAUUUGAUUCUCCGCGGGCUUCAAUCGUCAGCCGGAAGGCCUCCCAGAAACAGACCCACAGCAUGGGUGCGCACACUGGCAUGGAGCCUACUUCCAAGAAGUCCGCUUGGAGAAUGGUGCUGGGGCUGCCCGCUCGGCUCUUCACACCUUCGGUGAAGGUGCAGCCUGUCGAGAAAGACUUCCACGGCGUCUCCGACCCGCAAUUGGCAACCGUGGGGGCACAAGCCCCGAGACCGCGAAGUUGGCGUCUUCGAUUAUUUGGAUGA